GAGCACGCGCGUCGAGCUGGGGCCGGGGGCAGCUAGCUGCACCAUGAAUAUCAUACACUCUUCCUCCAUUUCUGUGUUGGAAUCAGCGAAAGCAAUAGCAGCUGGUUCGCGCCACGUCACCAUCAGCAGUGAGGGAGUCAAUUCUGUCGCUACAAAGCUAAGUGAGUUGGAGGAGAAUGCAAUAGGUCUUGGAGAGCCGGAGGGCAGCCCGUCACUCCUGGAGCCAGUCGGCCUGUCUGGCGAUGAAGACCUGUUGAACUGGAUAUUUUUCCUCGACACGCUCAACUUCUGCUUCUGGUCAGAUGAACCCACUCUAUUCACAGUCCGAUACCGCAACAAGUUCUGGACGGGCUACAGAGCCCUCGAGGCAGCUGCAUCGCGAGCCAUCGAGGCCGGCACACCCCUCCACCGUCCAUCCUACUUUGGUCACAUGUCUCUCGCCCAGUUGGAGGAGGUGUUCAGGUCCGAGACCCAUGUCCCCAUUCCACUCCUGGAACAGAGACUACACUGCCUACACGAAGUGGCUUCGGUUCUUCAGGAACACUGUGGAGGUAAAGUAAGCAGAUUAGUGGAGAUCUGUGAUAAAGACGCGGUGAGAUUGGCACACCAGCUGGCCGCCUCCUUCCCCUGUUUCAGAGAUCAGGCCACGUACGACGGACAGACCGUUGUCUUCCUGAAGAGAGCUCAGAUAUUCCCGGCCGACCUGUGGAACCGGUUUGGGGGAACGAGAUACGGGGAAUUUAGAAACAUCGGAGACCUCACCAUGUUUGCCGACUACAGAGUACCCCAGACUCUCCAGUAUUUUGGGGUACUUCACUACUCCAAACAGCUGUUGUCAAGGCUACGGGACGGGGUGGAGUUACCCCAGGGGUGCACGGAAGAGGUUGAGAUCAGGGGGUGUUCCAUUUGGGCUGUGGAGGCAAGUCGCCCAUGUUGAAACUGAACGUGAUACUCGUAUUCCUCUCCUUUUUAUCACUUCCCUCUCUACCCCCUCUUUUGCAGCUUAUAAAACAGAGGAUUGAAGAGUUGCGUGUGUCAGAUGGAAGCCACACCCCCAAUUCCCCAGUCUACUCGGUUGCCAUUGACUACUGGCUGUGGAACUAUGCCAAGACCCAGGCAAAGGUCAUGACCCAAUUCCCAAUCCAUCACACAAGAACAAUCUUCUACUGAGAACAUAAUGGAACAUAGACAUGCAACUGACGUGGAACACAGACCGACAACAUUUUAUUCAUCCGACAAUGGAACAAUCCCGUGGCGUUGACAUGGAAUCGAGACUAUAACUACAAUUGUCUUUUGUUAAAAC